AUGAAUCAUAAAAAAUUAACAAUUUCAAUUGGUCUAAAUAAAUCAUAUCUUUAAUAAUAUCAAUUAUACAACUUAUUUUUGGAAAAGAAUAUUUGGAUGCAGUUAAAGAUAAAUAAGUUGCUCAAUAAAAAGCAAAGUAUUUUUUUGAAUAAACAAGAGAACCUUAGAAGAAGCUAUAUCUAUUAAAUAGUAGGAAAAUAUGCUUAAGUAAUCUAGGUAUCUUGUAAUUUAAUGUUCUUUUAGUCUACUUGGAUGUCAGUAGGAUAGAAUAUGCAAGAGAAAUAUCUGCUAUUCUAAAACUCACAUAAACUUUUGUGA